AUGCUGUCAACUCAAAAAAAGAGCCAGACGCCAAUGGGCCGGUCCAUCGCUCUAGUUCUCUUUCAUCCAUUAGGAAGAACCGGGGCCGCAUCGGAGCUACGGUCCCACAACCAUGGCGGCUACUCUACUCAUCACCGUUCUAGCUCGUACAAGCGUCUCUGCCACCACAUUCGGCGUCAACGAUAUUACCUUCAGACCCGGAAGUCGUAUGCAUAG